CUCGUCGUGGUAAACUCUUUACUGGGAAAUAAUAAUUUAGUGUUCAACUGCGAUUAUAUUAGUACUUCAAUUUAGAUCUUCCAACAUACUAACCUCUAAAUUUGCGAGAAAUCUCCAUAACCCCAAAAACUUACCCUAAAAAAUGGCCAAUUCUUCCACUGCACUUUCAGUAAAACCCCAGCCCAGCAUCACUCAUGUCAUCUUCGACAUGGAUGGCCUUUUACUCGACACGGAGAAAUUUUAUACGGAAGUUCAGGAAAUUAUACUUGCUAGAUUCAAUAAAACUUUUGAUUGGGGUCUAAAGGCUAGAAUGAUGGGGAAGAAAGCGAUUGAAGCAGCUCGUAUUUUCGUUGAGGAAACGGGGAUUAGUGAAUCUCUUUCAGCUGAGGAUUUUCUUGUCGAAAGAGAGGAGAUGUUGCGGAGCUUGUUUCCUACAAGUGAUCUUAUGCCAGGAGCUAGCCGUUUGAUCAGGCAUCUUCAUGCAAAAGGAAUACCAAUGGCCUUGGCAACUGGUUCUCAUAAGAGGCAUUUUGAAUUGAAAACACAAAGACACGGUGAACUUUUCUCCUUGAUGCAUCAUUUUGUUCUUGGAGAUGAUCCAGAAGUUAAACAAGGCAAGCCAUCACCAGAUGUAUUUCUUGCUGCGGCCAGGAGAUUUGAGGGUGCCUCAGUAGAUCCAAAGAAGAUUCUUGCUUUCGAAGAUGCACCCUCGGGUGUUCUUGCAGCUAAGAAUGCUGGAAUGCAUGUAGUAAUGGUUCCAGAUCCAAGACUGGAUAGCUCGUAUCACGCAGACGCCGACCAAGUUUUGAGCUCACUAUUGGAUUUCAACCCAAGUUUCUGGGGCCUGCCACCUUUCGAAAACUAAAGUUAAAAAUUUGCAAAUUUCAUAACCAUGCCUUGCACAUUGCAAAGACAUUCAUUUUUUUUCCUGAUAUGAUUUUAGCCAUGUCAGGACACAUAUGUACUAUCACAUUGUAUUUCUUGUACUUGCUGACAGUUUGAGCAGGUUUAUUGAACAGAGUAAAUUUUCAAUA